GUUAAAGAUUACAAAAAUUUAACAAAUUGAAGUACCCUUCAUUUCAUUUUUUUCCAUUUCAAAUUUUACAGUCGAACUUUAAUUUUCUUUUUCACCAAUCGUAAUUUUAAAUUAAUAAAAGGUUAAAAAAAAAAUUUUAAUUAAAAAAAUGGCUCAUUGUUCUCCGGCUAGCGCCAUAAGGGCUCUGCAACUGGAAUUGAAAAAGUUGAAUGACGAACCGGUUGAAGGUUUUAGAGUCCGGCUGUUCAACGAUAGCCACAUAUUUGAGUGGGAGGUCGCCCUCUUUGGACCUCCCGGAACCCUCUACGAAGGCGGCUACUUCAAGGCCAUUAUGAGGUUUCCAACUGAUUAUCCUUACUCACCUCCCUCAGUCAGGUUCCUCUGCAAAAUGUUCCAUCCAAACGUUUAUGAAAAUGGUUUUGUCUGCAUUUCCAUCCUUCAUCCUCCAAUUGACGAUCCUCAAAGUGGAGAGCUACCAUCAGAGAGAUGGAACCCAACACAAAAUGUUCGAACAAUCCUACUCAGCAUCAUAUCACUGUUGAACGAACCGAAUACUGCCUCACCAGCCAAUGUGGAUGCGUCUGUAGCUUUCAGGAAGUGGAAAGACAGCAAGGGGAAGAACAAAGAUUAUGAAAAUAUCGUUCGAAAACAAGUGAGAGCAACUCGAUUAGAAGCGGAGAAAGACAACGUGACGGUACCGACGACCCUUCAAGAGUAUUGCGUCAGACCGACUGCAUCCUCUUCCUGCCAGGAUCCAUCCUCCUCUGCUCUGACGUCCUACGACCACUCAAACGACGUCGACUUCUACGACGACGACUACCUCGAUAAUAACGACGACGACGACGAUGGCGAAGACGACGACGAGGACGUCGGUGGCGACCACCGCGACGAUAGUGGCGUUGGAGAGAGGAGACGUGGUGCUGCACACUACGGUGAAGAUGUUUGCCCUCGGGAUGAUGAAUGUGAAGGCGAUUCGGGGCAUGGGGAUUCUUGAGUUUAAAUCUCACCUCUCUCUCUUUCUCUCUUUCUCUCUCUUUCUCUCUCUCUCUCUCUCUAUCUCUCUUUAAGCUGUAUAUUAUUUGUGAUCUUUGGUUGUUGUAUAUAUAUUGAUAUAUAUAUAUAUAUACUAUUAUUUUUAUGUUUUCAUUAUAUUUAGCGGAUGAAUAAUGCUAGUUGUUAUUAAUCCUCUAUUAUCGUUCUUGUUGUUGAUGUUAUUGUUGUUAUUGUUAUUAUUAUUAUUAAACAAUGUUAUUGUUUUCUCAAAUUUAUUUAUUAAUUAUUUGGAAAAAAUUCUCAGACACAACCAAUGUAUAUGUCUUACGUUUAAUAAUAAUAAUAAUAAUAAUAAUAAAUAGUAAUAAUAAUAAUAAUGAUGAUGAUGAUGAUGAUGAAUUAAUCUUUAACCUUUCAGGCGCUGUUUUAACGAUUUUACAAAGAAAAUGAUUGAUUCAAGUUUCAAUUUUUGUUAUUCCUAUUUCUAUUAUUAUAAUUGUUAUUAUUUUUAUUAUUAUUCUUUUUAUUACUCUGCAUUUUUAUAGCGCUAAAUUCUACUGCUCCGAGUAAGGCAAAAUUACUUUUCGUAUGAUGCAAAGAUUUGUUUGUUAAAUAACUUUAACACACACGCACGCAAGCACACACACACACACAGAUACAUACACACAUUUUUGAUUAUUUAUCGCAUGUUCUUUUUUUCUAUCUUAAAAAACACAUUUGUGUGUGUGUUUGCAAGUUUUGUGUGCCUGCGUGUGUGUGUGUUUGUAUGCAUGCUCUAUUUUGUUUUAGAGUUUGAAAAAACAUACUAAUAUUAAAAUAAAUCAAGGUUUAAUGUGAAAUGAUAAAAAAUUUUGUUAGAUGAUGUGUGAUGAUGAUGAUGAU